ACCAUUAUCCAAAAGUAAAAUCACCUAUUAAUUAAUCUUCCUUUCUUACAAUUUUUCCACUUUCUUGAAUUUCACUUUUAUAUGUCACACGAGUACACGACCUCGUUUCGAAUCAUUUUUAUCUUUUAUUCUGAUUCCUUUCUUUCUUUGAUAAAUAAAUAAAUCACACUGUUUAAAAGAAAAAUAACAAAUUAGUUUAGUUUCGCACACAUCACCUGAUGGCUAUUUCCGAUGUACCGGAAAGUAUGGGAACCACCGCAACCGUAACCGCCGUAGCUACCGUUCAAACUGACUCAGAUCUCAUGCGUUCUUCUCUACGACGAAGGCCAAGCGCCACAUCAACCGGAAACCUUUUCGACGCUGAGAGUGCAGCUGAAGAUGCUAUUAGAGAUUCAGGCUCCGACGAUUCGUUAAACGGUAAGAACAACGAAGAGGUUAAGGAUCGCAAAACGGAUCAUGCAGAUACUGAUAAUAAUGUCGUUAUGAAUGACGUCACUGAUCGUGAAACGGUUACCGAUUUCAAAUUCACUUACCGUCCUUCAGUUCCCGCUCACCGGAGAAGCAAGGAGAGUCCUCUUAGCUCUGGAAACAUUUUUAGACAGAGUCAUGCAGGACUGUUCAAUCUCUGUAUUGUGGUGCUUGUUGCGGUGAACAGCAGGCUUAUCAUUGAGAAUCUAAUGAAGUAUGGAUGGUUGAUUAAAUCUGGUUUUUGGUUUAGUUCAAAAUCGUUGAGAGAUUGGCCCCUCUUCAUGUGUUGUCUUAGUCUUGCAGUAUUUCCACUGGCUGCCUUUAUAGUUGAAAGCUUAGCACAACAAAAGCGUAUUUCUGAACCAGUUGUUGUUCUACUUCAUGUUGUAAUUACAACUGUUGCAAUUAUCUAUCCAGUUUUAGUAAUCCUCAGGUGUGAUUCUGCUUUUUUAUCAGGUGCCACAUUGAUGCUAUUGACUUGCAUCGUGUGGUUAAAAUUGGUGUCAUAUGCGCAUACAACCUAUGAUAUGAGAGCACUUACCUCUUCAAAUGAGAAGGUAGCAAAGGUACUGGGAGAAACAGUGGCCAAUACUUUGAAUGUGGAGUACCCUUCCAGUGUGAACUUCAUGAGUUUGACGUACUUCAUGGUUGCUCCUACAUUAUGCUACCAGCCAAGCUAUCCUCGCACCCCUUCGGUUCGAAAGGGUUGGGUCUUUCGUCAACUUCUCAAACUGAUAAUAUUUACAGGAGUUAUGGGAUUUAUAAUAGAACAAUAUAUGAAUCCUAUUGUCCAGAACUCACAACAUCCUUUGAAGGGAAACCUUCUAUAUGCCAUUGAGAGAAUUCUGAAGCUUUCUGUUCCAAAUGUAUAUGUGUGGCUUUGCAUGUUCUACUGCUUUUUCCAUCUUUGGUUAAAUAUACUUGCGGAGCUUCUCCGGUUUGGUGAUCGUGAGUUCUACAAAGAUUGGUGGAAUGCCCAAACGGUUGAAGAGUAUUGGAGGAUGUGGAAUAUGCCUGUGCACAAAUGGAUGGUUCGCCACGUGUAUUUUCCCUGCAUAAGGUUUGGUAUACCUAAGGGUGCUGCUGCUUUGAUUGCUUUUCUGGUUUCUGCCGUGUUCCAUGAGUUAUGCAUUGCUGUUCCUUGCCACAUGUUCAAGUUGUGGGCUUUUAUUGGAAUUAUGUUUCAGGUCCCUUUGGUCUUGAUCACUAAUUACUUGCAAAAUAAAUAUAGAAACUCAAUGGUUGGAAAUAUGAUUUUUUGGUUCAUAUUUUGUAUUCUUGGUCAACCAAUGUGUGUACUACUAUACUAUCAUGAUUUGAUGAAUAGGAAAGGGGAACUUGACUGAGGUAUCAUUACAUCAUUAACAGUUACAUGGAUGAGCUUUUCCUUUUACAGCGCUAAAUCGAUGUACAUAUGUUGCUCUAUGUUUUCUCUGGUGACUAUAAUAUGCUUUGACAGUGGUUCAUAUGGGCUAAGCAUUUCAAUGUAUGAGUCUUUUUUUAAGUUAAUUCAUCUAUGUAUUUAUUUAACUGAUUGCUUUGGCACUUCAGCAAUAUGCAAGCAAUUUUGAAAGCAGUGCACUAACAAUGUUAUGUGCUAGAGUAAAGAGUAAUUAGUUUCGGAUAAUUGAGGCAUGGCUAUAAGUGCCUAAAUGGUUUGGGUGUAGAUAAUUUCUCGAAGUUCUAUCUAUGAAUAAUAUGAUGGCUAGUAUCAGCAUGUAACUUAAUUUUUCUGCAAGCAUGUUUUUUAUUUACA